AUGGCCGAUGUUGCCUCCUGUUUGCUCCUCUGCUCCUCUCUGGGAGCACAGCUGACCAUAUUAUCCAGCUCUUCCCUCUCGCCUUGCUGCCCCCUCUUCCUACCCAAGACCAUGGAGGAGGUCACCAAGGUCCCGCCACCCGUCCUGGAACGUCGGGCUCGCCAGCGACAGCCCACAGUUUCAGUCUUCAAAUCCAAGCUGAAGCAGGGUGUGACCUGCUCCGUACCCAGAGUACGGUCCACGCUGACCGGGUUCUUCCCCAUUGUGCGGUGGCUGCCUAAAUACAAGCUCCGAGAGUACGUCUGGGGUGAUGUGAUGUCCGGGGUGAUUAUUGGUAUCAUCUUGGUACCGCAGGCCAUUGCCUACUGCUUGCUGGCAGGAGUGGAGCCCAUCUAUGGUUUAUACACCUCAUUUUACGCCAAUAUCAUUUACUUCCUCAUGGGGACGUCCAGACAUGUCUCUGUGGGGAUCUUCAGCCUCAUGAGCCUCAUGGUUGGACAGGUGGUGGAUAAGGAGAUGUUCCUGGCAGGAUUUGACCUCAAUGAUGACUCCACAGUAUCUGGCCCUGGUGUGUUUAAUGCCACACUUGCCACUAAUCUCACAACUGGUACACUACACAGUGUAGAGUUAAUGGGUGUGCAGUGUGGGAAAGAGUGUUACUCCAUCAGCAUCGCUGCUGCCCUUACCUUCUUGGUUGGGGUCUAUCAGGUCCUGAUGGCUAUAUUUCGGCUAGGCUUUGUCUCUGUAUACCUUUCGGCUCCUAUGCUUGAUGGUUUUGCCACGGGAGCCUCUUUCACCAUCCUCACCGUGCAGGCUAAAUACCUGUUGGGUCUAAAGAUCCCCCGUCACCAGGGCUACGGCACAGUUGUCGUCACCUGGAUCAACAUCUUUGCCAACAUUCAUACCACCAACCUUUGUGACCUCAUCACUAGCGCCAUCUGUAUUUCUGUAUUAGUGGCAGGGAAGGAGAUCCAGGAGCGCUACAAGGAUCGUCUAAAGAUCCCUCUGCCUACUGAGCUGAUAAUAGUUGCAGGAGCUACGCUGGCCAGUCAUUUUGGGGAGCUGAACAGUCAAUAUGGCUCCAGUGUUUCCGGUCACAUCCCCACAGGGUUCAUUCCUCCCCAGGUGCCCAGCUUUAGUCUGAUGUCACAGUUAGCACUUGAUGCCAUUCCUCUGGCAAUCAUUAGCUUUGCCUUUACGGUGUCACUGUCUGAGAUGUUUGCUAAGAAAAACGGCUAUACAGUUCGUCCCAACCAAGAGAUGCUGGCUAUCGGCUGUUGCAACAUCAUCCCCUCCUUCUUCCACUGUUUCACCACAAGUGCAGCAUUGGCAAAAACCAUGGUGAAGGACUCAACAGGCUGCCAUACACAGGUAUCCAGUCUGAUCAGCGCGCUGGUCGUCCUUCUUGUUCUCCUCUUCUUUGCACCUUUCUUCUACGCUCUCCAGAAGUGCGUUCUUGCCUGUAUCAUCAUUGUAAGCCUUCGGGGGGCACUGAGGAAGUUCAAGGACGUCCCAGCUAAGUGCCGUGCCAGCCGGAAUGACGGCAUUGUUUGGCUGGUCACCAUGUCAGCCACGGCUCUGAUCAGUGUGGAGGUUGGCCUCCUGGUUGGGAUAGUAUUUUCCAUGAUAUGCGUCAUCUUUAAGUCCCAGAACCCUAAGGUCUCUCUCCUGGGCCGGGCCAAUGAUACCGAUCUUUAUGAGGACGUGGACGAGUACCAGAACCUUAUGCCGCCACCAAGGGUUCAGGUCUUCCGCUUCCAGGCUCCCCUCUACUACGCCAACAAGGACUCAUUCCUCAGAUCACUCUACAAAGCUGUCGGGGUUGAACCUUUCUUGGAGCUGACUAAGAGGAGAAAGGCAGAGAAGAAGGCCAAAGAGAUGUCCUCGAAGCAGGCCAAGGCGAAUGGAGAUAAAAGCAAUGGAGAGGUCGUCAUUGGACUCGUCCAAAGAGAACUGGAUUUCCACACAAUAGUUUUAGACUGCUCUGCCAUCCCGUUCAUAGACUCGACAGGCAUGGCCACAUUUGAAGGGCUGGUCAAGGAAUAUAAAGAGAUAAGGGUGAACGUGCUCCUCGCCAACUGUAACACCUCAGUCAUCGAUAUCCUGCAGAAGGGACAAUUCUUUGGGGAAAAUGACAAAGACAUGAGCAGCCGGCUGUUUUUUACAGUUCACACUGCAGUUCUUCAUGCAAACAGUUCAUAUGCAGCAGCAGAAAGCAGGUCAGAAGACUCUGUGGUGUAGAGCAGCUAGAAGGAGAGGGAAAUUAGGUAUGCUAUCUUGCCACCUAUGACAAUUCUGCAUUAGGUAGCUUUGACAUAGCCUUUUAGCUAAUUUUGUCAAAGAAAACAUGGAGGUACCAAGAGGAUCCAAUUAGGAUUAGCAUUCUAACAAGUAUGAUUGAUACGUUUCACCCAUGAAUAAACAGAUCACAUAAAUGCAUUAUUUAAAUCAUUUGCAUCAGUUCAGAUGAUUAUGAAUUAAAAUGCAGUUCCACUGCUGGAAAGAGUGCGUUUACAUAAAACUUGGCUAUCUAUUGUAGACGAAAGGUGCAAUUAUUUUUGCCCUAUGAUUGAAGAAAACUGAGGAAAAAAAGGGUGUUAAAUUCCCUAUUGCUAUAAAGGGGAAAAUCCUACAACAACCAGGAUCCAUUGCCUAAAGUGCCUUCCAAGGCCCUUCUCAGGCCACUACUUUAUGAACACAGAGACAUCUUCCUCCUCCAUAUGUUUCCUAACUCCACUGAGCUUGUGCUGUAUAAGAAACCCUGAAUAUCUGAUUCCGAUAUUAUAUCAUUAAACUAUAUA